AAUCGGGUAUGGGGCUCAUCGUCUAAAAAAGGCGUAUUCUCAACGAGAAAGCACUUUCUGUGUGCCAGGUCUCUCAAUUUGCAAUCCGCCAUGGAUGAAACUCGAAAACACCAGGUUUCUAUGCGAGGAGCGAGCGCGAAGGACAUUUCGAGGGAUGAGCUUCUAGAGAUGGUCUCGCAUGAGAGAGAGCUUCGGGUUUAUAUUCGGAAAUCCACUGCAGCUGCACUGUGUAUUCAGAGAGUUUGGCGGCGUUACUCUGCCACAAAGUUGUUAGCCCUACAUCUUCAGCAGCAAUGGGAGGUUAUGAUGGAUAAUCUAGUUGUUCGUCCAACUAAAACACUGAUAUCCUGCAGUAUUUUGAGGCCUUUCAUUUUCUUCAUAACGUUCUUAUUGAAUCGAGGAGUAAAAGUGCUAAAGAGAGAUAAAAAUUGUAUCGCAGCUUGCUUCAGAGUUGUCUUGGAAAGCAUUACAUCAACUAAUGCAAAUGAAAACUUUUUCUCAAUGGCAUUUGGAAAUGGCGGGGAAAGAAUAGUUUGGACGUACCAAUCGAAGAAGCUGGUUUCCAUUUGCAUGUUGAUUCUAGCAGAUUUUGAUAACUCUCACCCAGGGGGUGAAGAUGUGUUUGUUACAUCAUUGGCUCUGCGUUUGGCAGUUGUUUUGAUUGAUAUCAAAGGAUGGAUUUGCAUCAGCGAUGCUAAUAUCCAAACUGCAAAUAACUCUAUAAGAGAUUUAGUUCAUUUCAUGGCAAGUAAGAAGAGCGGUUUGUAUAGUUGUGUCCAGAGAUACAUUUGUAAACUUCAAACUCCUAUUUCUUCUCAAGUAACUUCUUCUGGUCAAAUGGAUGAUCGAUUCUUGAUUAUUGCUUGCGCUACAACUUUGGUUCUCCGACCAUUUCACGAUACAGGCAUUUGUUUAACCACUAAUUACUCGGAGGAUGUUCAGAAUGCUGCUGAACAAUUUUGUAGUUUGCUUCUUACAAUUCCUUGGUUGGCUCAAAAGUUACCAGCUGUGCUGUUACCUGCUAUGCGACACAUGUUUGUAUUAUCAGCUUGUUUACAGACUCUGAUGGUGAUUGGCAGAUGCCAAUGGAAGAAAUCUCAAAAGAAAUGUUUGAUGUCGAUAAGAUGACACGUACUGGACAGAACAGGGCAAUGCCACCGGUUGGUUGGGCUCUGGCAAACAUUAUUUACCUGGCGACAAUGGGUGACAAUAAUUCAUUGGAUUCUGGAAAGUUUCCCCCUAGUCUCGAUCAAACUUCCUAUGUACGUGUUGUUGUUUUGCUGGCAGAGAACCUGUUGAUUUGCUUUGAAAGGGUUGGACUGCUAAGUCACGAGGACCGGAAUGAUGAUGUUAAUUCUGUUGAACCUCUCAACUUUUAUCAUGAGGCUGGGACAACAGGUGGAUCCUCAAAGUUGUCUUAUCUGGACCUCCUUAAGCCAGUUUGUCAACAGGGGCAUCUAAUGAAACUUAUUUCAUUUGUCAAAGACACCUCCGUUAAGAAUGAUGUUAACAUGGCAUCAAGCAAUGUAGCAUCUCAUAGAUGUGAAUUGCGUGAUAUUGCUUAUUAUUAUUCAUGCAUGAUAAGAAUAUUCUCAGUUCUGGAUAAAGUGCAUGGAGCGUUGCCAGUUCUGAAUAUGCUAUCUUUUGCUCCCGGAUUUAUUUCAGAUAUGUGGGGAUCUCUAGAAAAAACGUUUUUCCCUGUAGGGGAACAUGUUACUGAGAGCACCUCAGAUCAAAAUAAAGUUGGUGAAAAUAUUAUUUAUGAAGUGUCUGAACAAAAGCAGAAGCACUUUGCUAAAGACAGUGGCAGUAAAUGGGUGAAUGUAAUUCAGAAAAUUGCACGAAAAUCUCGCCCAGAAUCAACAUCUACAAAUGUAGCUGAUGGAAUUUAUAGCUCUAACACAAUUGGUGAGCAUUGUUCUGAUAUCUGGGAUAUUAAACCAUUAAGGAAGGGCCCCGAGGGUAUAUCAAAAGAUACUUAUUGCCUUCUUAAUCUCUUCUGUGCUAGUUAUUACCACCUGCUUGUAGUUCUCAGUGACAUUGAGUUUUACGAGAGACAGGUCCCUUUUUCGCUGGAGCAGCAAAGGAAAAUUGCAUCAGUGCUUAACACAUUAGUGUACAGUGCCGUGUCUGUUAACAUUGUUGCUCAAAAUAGGACUGUCAUUGAUUUUGCUGUCAAGUGCCUGCAUUUGUUAUAUGAAAGAGAUUGUAGGCACCAAUUUUGCCCACCUGCUUUGUGGCUUUCACCAGGUAGAAUAAACCGGCCUCCAAUUGUUGCAGCUGCUAGGACUUUUGAAGUAUUGUCAGCUAAUAAAAAUGAUGUUUCAACCUCUCCUAUUGGUUCUGUCAUUAUAACUACACCACAUGUCUUUCCAUUUGAAGAAAGGGUUGAAAUGUUCAGAGAAUUUAUCAAUAUGGACAAAGCUUCUAGGAGAAUGGCCGGCGAGGUUCUAGGUCCAGGUCCACAUGCAGUUGAAGUUGUUAUUCGCCGCGGUCAUGUUUUUGAAGAUGGAUUUCAACAAUUAAGCAGCAUUGGGUCCAGAUUAAAGUCUAGCAUUCAUGUUUCUUUUGUAAAUGAGUCUGGUCUCCCUGAGGCUGGCUUAGACUAUGGUGGGUUAUCUAAGGAAUUCUUGAAUGAAAUUGCAAAUGCAGCCUUCUCUCCCGAAAGUUAUUGGGCCGUUACAGCUUUCUUGAUGAAUUGUCAACGCUUGAUCCUGUGCUAUAUAGAAAUCUUAUGUAUGUUAAGCAUUAUGAAGGUGAUGUUAGAGAGCUCUCUUUGGAUUUUACAAUUACAGAAGAAUCACUUGGAAAGAGACAUGUUAUUGAGCUCAAACAUGGUGGAAAAAAUAUCAGUGUCACAGAUGAGAACAAGCUGCAAUACGUUUAUGCAAUGGCGGACUUUAAACUUAAUCGACAGAUACUUCCAUUCUCAAAUGCAUUUUACAGAGGGUUAAUUGAACUUAUAUCUCCUUCUUGGUUAAAGUUAUUUAAUGCAUGUGAAUUUAACCAGUUGCUCUCAGGGGGGAAUCACGAUAUUGAUGUUGACGAUUUACGUAAAAAUGCACGGUAUAGUGGGGGCUACAGUGAAACUAGUCGUACAGUGAAACUUUUUUGGGAGCAGUACUUUCCCAGUGCCGCAUUCCUGCACAACAAUUUUGGUCUUUAGAGUGAAUGCCAACAGCAGCAGUCAAUGGUAGUAAACUCUAGCACGGGAUUGCAGAAAUUUCACCUAUGCGGGGUCUGGAGGAUGGAGAGUUUACUACUUUAGUCAUUGUGCCAAAAAAACUCCUUGGAAUUGUGUAAAUGAAGAAUAUGUUUGUGGUUAGUGUGUAGAGGGAUGAAACUUCACAAGUUUGGUCGCGCGAGGGUAUUAGGUCUUGUGAUCUAGUUUACUGGAAGACAAUGUCGAACAUGGCAGUAAAUGGUGGCAGUCUUGAACAUGGGUGGUUGAAGCGAUGAGGAAGACACUACAAUAUGACAGUGUGAAGAAGAGGAAGCUGGUGGUGCGAACAAAUAUGAGAUCAGAUAACCUUGCUCAAAAAGUAGUGAAUCAAGCAAAAGAUUGAAGGGAUGGUGGUGCCCCGAACUGCCGAUGGAGGUGGGCUUCUAAGGGUGAAGUCACCACAGUGUCUAAUACUGAUGGUUAUGUUGGAUCUUGGAGAGGGCAUGGUCCUCACCGGAAAUGGAGCUUGUGAAAGAACAGAUGCAUAUGAUACCUUGUUGAAAUAUGGAAGAGAGAUUAAAUGAAAUGUAUUGCUUCCUCUGCCCCCAAAAAAGUUCAUUUUCAAGUAUAUGAGCCUGGUUUUAAAAGUCUACAUUAAUUUUUUAGAAAUAUUCUUGGUCAACCAAGUGGAAAGAUGUUUUACUCUGUAGUUAUUUACUCCAAACGGUUAAGGUAAUUUUACCUCCGUUCCUUGAAAGAUUUUGAAAAUGGUUGGGUUUAAGGAGUGUUACUUCCAAUUUUGUCAUGGCUUUAUGUUAGGGU